AUGGCUUCCGUGUUGCUACUGUUUCUGGUGUUCGUGUUUGAUCUCAUAGCUUUUGGUCUCGCUGUUGCUGCAGAGCAGCGAAGAACCACCUGGCAAGUUGUUCAUGAAUCAAGAGAUUCAAGCUACUGUGUGUAUGAGAAGGAUAUCGCAACGGGUCUCGGAAUAGGUUCUUUCUUGAUCUUUUUAGCGAGUCAGCUCUUCAUUAUGGUGGCGAGUCGAUGUUUAUGCUGUGGAAGGGCACUGACACCAAGUGGCUCUAGAUCCUGGGCUAUUCUUCUCUUCAUCACCACCUGGGUCUUCUUUUUCAUAGCAGAAGUGUGUUUACUUGCGGGAUCUGUGCGAAACGCUUACCACACAAAGUACCGUGUCUACUUUGGGAACACAGCUCCUUCUUGUCGAUCAUUAAGGAAAGGCGUGUUUGGUGCUGGAGCUGCGUUCAUAGUGCUCACAGGGAUUGUCUCCGAGCUUUACUACGUGAGCCUCACAAGGGCCAAAGACUUUCAGGCUCCACGAGAUCCGGGUAUUAGAAUGAGUAGCUUGUAG